AGGUAUUUUCCCCAGCCCAGAAGAGAGAAUGGGUCCACAUCGUCCACCGGCGAUCAGAACGGUCAUCCAUUUGUGUGUUUUUGCUGUGAAAAGCAAACCGCUGCCAGGCCUUUCAAUGACAUAAUUUGGGCUACAGCCUGUAUCUCUGAAUUUGAGCUUUUUCCGUCGUGAUGCAGGAUGGGGAUUCUUCAAAAAUGAAUCCUCCUCGAAGUGAUCGGAGCACAGAGCAGCAUAUUUACCCGGCUGCCAACUCUCUCGCUUCACACGCACAAUCCACUCUCUUCUCCUCUUUUGGAAAAAAGAAUGUGGACCCGAGACUGUUUCCCUUCCCACAUCCGUACAACCACCUGGCUCUGGAUAUCUUCAGAGAUUUUGACUGCCGAAUGGGCAGGCCAUCUUGGGAAAGGCACGAUGCUGAGAACCGGUGCGCGAGGGAGAUUCCAUCACGCCAGCGCAACAGGGCCAGACACCCUCGGUGGCGCCGUGUUAACGCGAGACGAGGGCUUUGUCCCACGUCCUCUCUCCACACUCUAGACGGCAGACUAAUUCAGCAGUUAGUAAACGGAAUCAUUGCGCCAACAGCUAUGCCAAACAUGGGAACAGGACCAUGGGGAACGCUACAUUCAAAUCCAAUGGACUACGCCUGGGGUGCCAAUGGAUUAGAUGCCAUUAUAACACAGUUAUUAAAUCGGUUGGGAAAUACGGGUCCACCUCCUGCAGACCAAGAAAUGAUCAAAAACCUCCCGACAGUUCAGAUCACAGAGGAGCAUGUGGGAGCUGGUUUAGAAUGUCCCGUGUGUAAAGAAGAGUACACCGAGGGGGAAAGCGUUCGAGAACUUCCAUGCAGUCACCUCUUUCACAAUGACUGUAUCGUGCCCUGGCUCGAACAGCAUGACACAUGUCCGGUGUGCAGGAAGAGCUUGAACGGCCAGAACACAGCCACAGAUCCUCCCGACUUAUCAGGAGCAAACUUCUCCCCUUCGUCGUCGUCGUCGUCAUCCUCCUCGAGUUCCUCCUGUGACGAAAAUUAAUAAAACCCACACACACACAACCCUCAGUAUUUAUUUAUUUAUUUAUUUAAAAAUAUUUUUUUGGACUUUUUCCACCUUUAUUGGAUAGGACAGUGCAGAGACAAGAAAUGAGCGGGAGAGAGACGGGGAGGGAUCGGGAAAUGACCUCGGGUCGGAAUCGAACCCGGGUCCCCGGAUUUAUGGUAUGGCGCCUUAUCCACCUGAGCCACGACGCCCCAACCCUCAGCAUUUUAUCUUCGAGAUCUCAAACCCCUCAUAGGCCGUACGGAGUAAACUGUAACACUCAAGCCCGUUCCGACCCCCUUCGGUCAAAGAACGAUUUGGUUUUAAAAUGGGCCGUCUGAUGAAGAUUUAAUUCUGAAAAGUUAUCCACAAAGCUGACUGUUAAAUUUGAAUAAUUUGUGAUCGAAAUCUGGUCUAAAUACUCGAGCUAGGGAUGUUAACCGAUGACCGUUUGACCGAUGGUUGACCGAAUCAACAUCAACCGGUUAAAUUUUUUUUUUGGUUGUCAGUUAAAAAUAAAUCAAUCGUUUUGAAGCUGCCGAUUUUGGAGCGGAAAACCUGGAAUUCUGGGUUGUAAAUGCUUGGGGCAUGCCAUGCGGUGUAAGGACGACAGCUGACAAAUCAGAAACACCCAUUCAGCCAUGUCCCGCCCCAGUUGAACACAGCUGCCACUCGGCGAAAGAAAAAAGUGUAGAGACAGGCUUUUUAGCUUACAAAUUACUAUUCUGUUUUUUUUUUUUUUUUUAAAUUAUUAUUAGAAGGCACGUCGAGUUUAGUCCUGCCUUGGCCAGUGCAUUCUGAAAGUAUGUUUCGGUCUGUAGCCAACAAUGCAUGUUAUUGCAGAUCAUAUCUCUCCACACAAACUAAAGGUAAAUACUGUUUUCUUCUCAUACUUCCUAUGUUUCAUGGACUGUAACGGCAUUUGCUUAUGUAGUAAUUUUAAUACAGAAUUUACUCUGAUGAAAUUAUUCAGACAGUCCAGCCCAAAAAAAAAUCGGAUCUGCACGAUUCAGCCGUGAAAAAGGCGGCAUCCGCCAAAAGGCGCACCGUUUGCAUCCCUGUUUAAACUCAUAGGUUAACCGGCUAAUGAGGCUCGGUGGUCGGUCAAGAUUUUUUUUUAGUUUUCGCCAUCCCUAACUCGAGCACACGUGAACAUUGUUUACUGUUGUGAACCAGUGCGCACACGAACACACCUGGGCACAGGCACCACGUGACUCAAUGCACCUAAUCUGAUUCUACUGGUAGGUCGAUCAGUUGAGUAAACAAAAUGGCGUCGCCCACAAAACCACGGCCCGGAGAUUCUCUGAUAAAUCCAAAGUGCACUUAGAAUUCUAUUACGGAUGCGAAGGCACAAAUUGUUAGACGUACGACGCACAAAGAUUGUGGAACGUUUUAAAAAAAGUGCAUCACUCUCUUCGUGGAAGAGAGAAAAACAUGGCAGGAAAGUUGGUAAGCCAAGGUCUGUUGGAACGUUUAUGUAUUUGUGACAGAAUUCCCUGAGGAUGCAGCUCUGAUGAUUGAUGCAUUGGUUCAUUUUCAGUCCACACAAAAUAUUCCUGAUACCUUCUGAGAGCUUUUUGAUGCAAUUCUGUGGUAUUUCAAGAAGAAACGAGCUCUCUAGAGUAGAUCUUGUGGGUGAUGCACAUCCACCUGUGAGCAUUAAGAAUAUACAUAGAUCAAGGGGGUUUGCAAGUUGUAGAGAUGUAUUGGAAAAAAAAAAGGAACAGAAAAUGCCAAACUAGUGGAAAAAGUUCCUGUUGGAUGGUACAAACAGGCACUUGUAGAAUUCCUUCAUGAGACCUAGAUAUCGUUGAAGCUAGCAUGCCGUGUUGGUCUAGUGAUCAUGAUGACUCAUGGCCUGUUUUCGCCAUCGUUUAACUUGGAAAUGCGACAUCUGUGAGGCAGCUGAGGGCAAAGAUCUUUUCCAUGAUCACAGAGACACACGUACGCACAGCAAUCCUGAAUGCACAGGCAGGAUAUAUAUUUUUUUUUUCCCCCAUUACUAUUCAAACCCAUAGUUACUACAGAAUAAAGACAAAUUGAGAAUUUU